AUGGAGCUUGGCAGAGGAACCGGGGCGCUCGGCGCGGCUGCCCACGCCUAAAGCAUGGUGGUUUUGGAGGGAGGAUCUCAGGCGAGCUAAGUUGCUGCGUUUGACUCCAAGAGUUGGAAUCCAGCUGCCCCCGAGUUAAAAAGUGGGUUUUUAAUCCGCCUCUUGAAUGAAAUUAUCAACUUUCUGAGGGCAGCGAUCGUUCGGGACUUCGAUGACCUCCAGUAAAGACAUGAAGGCAGGCUCUGUGCUGCAGUCCGGCGGCGAGGAGCGGAGGCGCGCUCCCCUGGACCAGCUGCCGCCGCCGGCCAACUCCAACAAGCCGCUGACGCCGUUCAGCAUCGAGGAUAUUCUGAACAAACCCUCCGUGAAGAAAUCCGUGGCCAGCAUCUGUCCGCCCAGGGUGCUGGAGAAAGUCACGGGCUCCAACUCGGCGAGGAACGGGAUCAGCACUCCGUCGUCGCCGCUGUGCGCGCUCGAGGAGCUGGCCAGCAAAACGUUCAAGGGGCUGGAGGUCAGCGUGAUCCAGGCGGCAGAAGGUCGGGAGCACAUGAACGCCUUCGGACAGAGGCAGACGUCGAAGAAGAGGAGGAAGUCGCGCACGGCCUUCACCAACCACCAGAUCUACGAGCUGGAGAAGAGGUUCUUGUACCAGAAGUACCUCUCUCCGGCCGACCGCGACCAGAUCGCGCAGCAGCUGGGACUGUCCAACGCGCAGGUCAUCACCUGGUUCCAGAACCGCCGGGCCAAGCUCAAGCGGGACCUGGAGGAGAUGAAGGCGGACGUGGAGUCUCUGAAGAAGAUCACCCCACAGACCCUGCAGAAGCUCGUGAGCAUGGAGAACAUUGAGGACGCGCAGGGCGGCGGGGAGCCCGGGACCCGAACGCCCAGCGUCUCCCCGACCUCCCAAGGACUCCGAGCCUUCCCACAGUCCCCGUCCUCGUCCAGAGACCAAACCACGGACGAGUUCUCGGAGGACGACGAGGAGAUCGAGGUGGACGAUUGACGAUGAUGAAAUGAAGAGGGACGUUUUUCUGCCCAAACCUUUGCACGGAUUUAAAAAAGGAGAAUAUUCACAGAUAUGAACACUUGGGGAAAAGGUUUCC